AUGCAGGGCUUGAAAUUGGCAUCUCAGUCUUCUCACAGAACGAUUAUCCUUCCUCAUAUUAUUAAAUACUUACCAAGGAACUACAAAGUAGCCUCGACCGAUGCUGAAGUAAAGGUCUAUGGCUUUGAUUUGGACCAUACGUUGAUAAAGCCAAAAUUAGGUGGAAGAUUCAGUAGAACUGCGGAUGAUUGGACGUUCAUGGCGUAUCAAGGAAACAGCAGCACUGAGAAUGGGUGUAAAACAAUCGAUACAAUGACUGACAUAUUGAAGCAAGACCCAAACUCCUUGAUCGUAAUAUUCUCUAAUCAAGGCGGCGUUAUAACGCAUCCUCCAAAUUCUAAAAGUUGCAUAAAAUUCACCUCGAAGAUCAGUCAAGUAUUGGAUGCAAUCGUUGACCUCCAUACGGACAUAGAAAAUCGUAUUUGGAUUUAUGCCUCAACUAAAAAACCAGCAUCCUUAUCAACAGUCAAGAGAAAUAAGAUGGCCACUAAGAAAGUUGUGAAAAAAGGUUCUGGGCUCAAAGAAGUUAAGCAGCAAAUGGCUGUGCUUGAUGAUGACUGCUUUCUGUCGGUUAGAAAACCAAUGCCAGGCUUGUACGAAGAGUUCAAGAAGGAUUUUGGUGCCAGUUUCGAGCUGCAAUACUAUUGUGGCGAUGCAGCAGGAAGACCUCAGGACUUCAGCGACAGUGACAAGUUAUUUGCACAGGCCAUUGGGUGCUGCUUCCGAACCCCAGAAGAAAUAUUUUCUUAA